AUGUUGAUUGAUGUUGUAAGUUUGUUCAAGAACAAACAUUCAUGACCAACUAUAUUCAUUGGGUUUGGCUCAUCGAACCCGUACUACAGCUGCUGCAGUCAGCCAACAAUGAUUUGAAAUUUGCUGAAAUUGCUGCUGGCCCGCUUCUGACGUCACUCACAAUGCAAUUUUGCAGCCAGGCACGAGUGUGUGACAGAGAAAAUAUUUUUUGUGUCAUUUAGAGGGAAAAUGCGUGCAUUUUAGUGUUUGAGUCACUUUUAAAAAGUUGCUAAAAGUUCCAAAUACAUUUUUAAAAGUAGCUAAAUCUGUUGCUAGGUGCUGUUUAAAAAAAAAGUUGCCAGGGUCGUCUGAAAAAUUGCUAAAUUGGCAUCACAGGUGACGUUGCAGGCUAAGCUCAGUGCUGCCCCCCAAAAUUGAAUGCCGACAGGGGUACUGCAGGCUUCCAUUAGCUAUUAAAUUAUCUUUCUAACUUCUGUGUGCGAUUUUAAAAUAAUCUGUUCAAGGACAUACAUCUGGUGUAUUAUUUUUUAAUAUACACGAAGACUGACCACAAAUAUUAUUAUUAAUAUUAGAUUGACCACAAAUAUAUAUAUAAUUUGUCCAUUCCUAUAAUGGAUCCUGUUUUGUGCAAACAAUGCCCGCAGUACCGUGGUCGGCCUUGAACAUCUGUGGCUUCAAUGAGAGGGGGCAGUCUUUCCCUGGUAUAGAGGUGUUGGUUGUUUAGCAACAACUGAUGCCUGCAAAACUAUGGGGCAAAACAAACUGGGUUGGCUUAGAUCAGCAUGUCCAAAACUUGGUCCUGGGGACCUCAAGGGGAACACGUUUUGGUUUUUGCUCCAGCACUACACAGCUGAUUUCAAAUCAUCAAAGCUUGAUGAUUAGUUCAUUAUUUGAAUCAAUUGUGUAGUGCUAGGGCAAAAACCAAAACGUGCACCCCUUGGCCGAGUUUGGGAAACGCUGGCUUAAGUUGCUUAAAACACGUAAGCUAUAUUUUGUCUCCAAAGUUUAUUGAAAACAUAACUACAUCUGCACAAUGAGCACUUGUUUCCUCUCAAAUGCAUCCAUACAGUUGUUGGUUAGCUCGCUAGCGCACUUUAGCCAUAUUAGCAGUGACAUGAAAUCAGUCAAAACACCUCAAAACAAGACAUGGUAUCAAGAACAAGAUAAAACGAUCUGAAACACCCCACGAUCUGAAACGAUUCCCCACAUUGCAGUUUCUUGUCACUCUUGCUAGCAAUCUGGCUAUCCAACAACAUGCUGGCUUCUGUCCAAUAGAAGCACACAGAUUGUUUUUGUGACAUUGUCCGAUACACAGUAUUUAUUUAUUUUUGUACCCCCUUUUUUCUCCCCAAUUUCGUGGUUUCCAAUUGGUGGUAGUUACAGUCUUGUCUCAUCGCUGCAAGUCCCGUACGGACUCGGGAGAGGCGAAGGUCGAGCGCCGCCCCAUGGGCCUCCAGGUCGCGAACCCAGAAUCUCUGGUGGCACAGCUAGCACUGCGCCACCCAGGGGGCCACUGAUACACAGUAUUAACAUAAAUCACUCUGCCAUUUCCUGGUUGCUAAAAUUCAAAUAGUUUGCCUAAUUUUUGUUUAUAUGACAAAACAAGCAAGUAUCGUGUAGAGAAUCAUAGUACCAUCUAAAUCGCUGUGAAAAAUAUUUUCCAUAACCAAAAGUAUUGUAUUUUCAGCUGUUUGAAGCUGGUGUACAAAAGUGAAAGAUACAAAAACGAAAGCAUAGAAAGCAUAGAAAUAGUGCACAUAGAAUAGAUCUACCACUUCUUAGACUUGCUUGAUAAAUCUAUAACACACAUUUCUAUGUGAAUUUGGUCAGGUCGCCCAAAAAGUUACAUAUUGUAGCUUUAAUGUGAACAUGCUUCUGUCUAAUGCUCCAUAAUGAUGUUUCCUCUUCUUUUGCAGAUGUUUUGGUGAUUUAAGGAUUGUGCUGCUUUACCUACUGUCCCGUGAGUCACAGCCAGCUGCACUCUAACUAACUGGAUGUUUCAGUCCAGAGGCCUCCGCAUGGAUCGAGGGCACUCUGCAUGGUUUCCAAGGCCAAGAUCCUGGUUACAAAGACCAACAUCCUGUUUCCAGAGGCGAUCCCUCAGAGCGUCAGCAGACCCCACCUCUUCAGAUGAUGUCUACAUCAGUUGCCUUUACGCCCAGGGCUUCCGCUGCACUCUGCAGCAGAGGCCCAGCUGCAGCAGUGCCAGGUUGACUCCCAAGAGCAAUGCCAGAGGAGCGGGAGAGAGGCCAGUGAGCAGUGCUCUGGGUAGACUGGAGAACAGCCCAGGGAGGGGGACCAGAGCCAUGAGCAGACUAGUUACUGCACCCGGGGGAGGAGGAAGGCGCAGAGACCCGGGCCAGAGACCUGGAGCUCAAAUCAGGGGCAGGACAGAAUGUCCCAGAGUGCCCUGCAACACCAAACAUAACGACACACAUAGACAGCAGCAGGACACGUGGAGGGGGAGGAGGCCUUUCUCAACAUCAUCCACACUGCAUCUUUAUCUGCCUUCUUCAUCAUACUAUGAGGAUGAAGAGCAGGAGACGGAUAUAGAGAUAGAGAAGGAGGAUGUGAGGCCAACAAUAGAAAACAACGGCCUACAAGACACCACAGAAAUUAUCAGAACACCGACCCCUUCAGAAAAUGUCACAAUGCUGAACCCUAGCAAUAAUACCAGUCUACAACAGGAUCAUAAAGAAACCAUCCAAAUACAAGAGUCCCCUACAUUAAACCCCAGUCUACAGGGCCCCUCAGAGGAUAUCAUCAGGCCACCGGUCCCUACAGAAGACCUCAACUCAAUGGAGCCCACUGACAAUCCCAGGUUUCAGGGGAUAACACAUUACAGAACAACUGGCCUUGUGUUCCCAAAGCAGAGAGCUCAUGGAUAUGACAUGGAACAGCAACAGGAAUGCAACCCUCUCCAGAUAAUGCCGGCAGCUGUUCAGGGGAGGGCCCCUACAUCUGUUAGGCAGCAUGUGAACAGACUCCCCAAAAUAAAAACCACCAAGACCUUUGUGUGGGGCCUUUCUGGACCCCAGGAGAUUAAGAGUGUGUUUGUUCUGCAGAGGCAUAUUGGCAGAUACACAAAUCAGACAUGAGAACAUUCAUAAUGCCAUUCACAUUGAAUCCCAUGUCAAUCCAUAUCUUGGGUUUGUUGGGAUAUCUUACCUGCCAGUGAGACCAAAUUCAUAUCCAAACAUAAGAAAUAGUCAGCUGAAAGGUUAGACCUUACAGGGGGAGCUGUGAUUGUAAAAACACAAUCUCACAUAACCUGAUCCAAGGAAAUGCCAGAGGCAAAGAUGAUAUUGCGAUCUUACUUCCUGUUCAGAAAAGGCAAAUAUGUGUGUUGGUCUCUUUGGGUGAAAGAGAAUGUGGUUUCCUAAUGAAAAAGCAUGUAAACAUGCAUGUAUAUUACACAUUUAGCUCUGGGCUAAAAAUACCUCAUAUGAGAUAUCAAAGUACACAGAUGGGCUUUGUGUUCAUGUCAAGACUGGGUUCUUCAAUUGUCCAGAUUAUUUUAGACAUAAAAGCAAUAACAUUACACGAAUGGUGCAGUGAAUACAGAACCGAAACGAGAGACAUAAGAAAAUACAAAUGCAUGCCAUGGAAAACAGCAAGCGGAUGGGGAAUUACAAUAUAUUGUGUUCAGUCCCACUGUUUAUGUGUGCGAUGGUCAGCUGCUGAGACAUUUCCCAGUCAUAAGCAGAGCAGUGGAGAAUUUUAGAUAGACUACUGCCUGAGUGAUGCCUAUCCCCAGGACCCCAUACUUCAGCUUUCCUUUAGUCCCAUUACUUUAUAAAAUCAAAACCUUUCUGACCAACUCAUUUGGCUCCAUGACCAAAAUGGCACAAAUAACAUUACCUUACUUCAGUUAAUACCUUACAGUAGGUUAUGGAAUAUUUUGUAAUCAUUCUGCAUUGUUGGGAAGGGCCUGUAAGUAAGCAUUUCAGUGUUAGUCUACACCGGUUGUUUACAAAGCAUAUGACAAAUAAACAUUUGAUUUUGAUACA